UCCGGAAUAAUCCAAAGAAGAAACAUUGUUAUAAAGUUACUAUAAAGACUGCUAGCUACACAAACGUAAUGUUUUGUGUUCCCAACAAAUGAUGGUUUGCUCUUAGUCAGCAAUGAUUUGUUGUAGAAUUUUACAUCACCAAGAAUGUCUAACCAAAGUGAAUUAAAAAGGCUGAGUGAUGACAACCUAGCCAAGCAACCUGAUGAAGUGUUUGAUAUAAUUUGUAAAAUUGGCAGGGGUAUGGGGCUAACUAAGUUGAGUGAAGAAAGUUUAACAAGGCCACCUGAGGAGGUCUUUGACAUACUUGGAAAGUUAGGAGAAGGGUCAUAUGGCAGCGUUUUCAAGGCUCUCCACAAGGAAACUGGCCAGGUACUGGCCAUCAAACAGGUCCCAGUGGACACUGACCUACAGGAAAUCAUCAAGGAGAUUUCUAUUAUGCAACAAUGUGAUUCCAAAUACAUAGUCAAGUAUUAUGGAAGCUACUUCAAGAACACAGAUCUAUGGAUAGUAAUGGAGUAUUGUGGUGCUGGGUCUGUAUCUGAUAUUAUGAGACUCAGAAACAAAACUCUAACAGAGGAAGAAAUCUCUACUAUUUUGUUCUACACACUCAAAGGAUUGGAGUACCUGCACUCCAGACGAAAAAUACAUAGAGAUAUUAAGGCUGGAAACAUUUUAUUAAACACAGAAGGCCAUGCCAAGCUGGCAGAUUUUGGUGUGGCUGGCCAGUUAACAGAUACGAUGGCCAAACGUAACACUGUGAUAGGAACUCCGUACUGGAUGGCACCAGAAGUGAUACAAGAAAUAGGUUAUGACUGUGUUGCAGAUAUUUGGAGUUUAGGUAUAACAGCACUGGAAAUGGCAGAAGGAAAACCUCCUUAUGGUGAUAUUCACCCAAUGAGAGCAAUAUUCAUGAUACCAACCAAACCUCCCCCGUCUUUCCGUAAACCUGACAAGUGGUCACCUGAAUUCAUUGACUUUGUGUCCAAGUGUUUAGUUAAAAAUCCAGAACUUAGAACAUCAGCUGCUGAAUUGUUAGAGCAUGAUUUUAUCAAGAAUCGUGACACAUGCAAUGUCCUAUACAACAUGAUACAGGAAGCCAAAGAAAUUCAGGAAGCACAGGCCAAUAUUGUUGUCAAUGGGGAUGAUUCAGGGGAUGAAGAUGAUACAGAUGGUACAAUGGUUAAAAAAACAGACCAGGAUGGAACAAUGAAGGCACAACCAGAAGGUACACUGACUCCAAGUGGCACAGUUGUAAUCAGCAGUGAGAACUCAACACUGUCAGAAACAGGAACAAUGGUCAUUAAUGAUGAUUCUGAUGAUUCAGAUGGUACAAUGAAAAGACACAACACAGCCACAGGUGGCAAGGAUGCCUACCGGCCAUCUUACUUAGACCACUUUGACAAACAAGACCAGGAGAAGAGCAAGUCUGUUGCAGCUCCUGCCAACAACAACACCACCUCCCAGCAGAACCAGCAGGUGCAACAGCCGGCUCGACCUCAGCAGCAACCACAGCCCCAGCCUGCUCCACCCAAACAGAUCACUCCGCCUCAUCAUUUCCAGCGCUCCUUUAUAGAUGGGGACUUCGAGUUUUUACGAACGCUAGCAUUUGAUGAGCUAGAAAGACGAUUAGCAGAUUUAGAUCCUGAGAUGGAGCGUGAGAUAGAGGAGCUGAGAGCAAGAUAUCAAGCCAAGAGACAGCCUAUACUAGAGGCCAUUGAUGCCAAAAAGAAACGGCAACAAAACUUUUAAAUAACCUGUUGAAAAAAUACACUAUGUCAACAAAAAAUAUGUAUUUUUGUAGCAAAUUUUGUUAAGUGAAAGUAUUGUUAAUGACAACAUUGGGAGAAAUUUGUUACAUUAAGUAUUGAUAUUGAUUAGUCUAACAGCGAUGACAUUUUUAGUCUUCCAUGUCAUUGUUCCUUUUUUUUUUUCAUUUUUAGACUUUGAUUUGUGACCUUUAUAAAACCUUAGCAUUCCUUAUUAUUAGAGAUGGUAGUCCCCUCAAAGCAAUUUUUUCCCCCGUUCAACAGGUUUUGUUGCAUUUAACUUAUUUUUCAGUUGUGGUUUUGGUGUAAAGGUACUAAAGAGAAAAAUCAAAAUACUGUUUCCCCUUUUGACAUCUGUUCAUCAGAUGGUUUAAUUAAUAGGGCUAACUUUUCAGAGUACCAAGUGUAUGUAAGUUGCUUAAGAAUUAGUCAUUCCUUUUUUAAUGUAUCAGUAGUACCUAUACCAGAAUGUGGUGAAUUUUAUUUCUUUUUUUCAUGUUAUUCUUCCUUUGUAAUUUUAUUUUGAAUCCCAUAAAUUAUAUAUAGAUCUGUAGCUUGUAACGGUUAUUUGCAGAAUUAUGUACACCUUAUUUUAACAAUUUUCUUUUCUGCUAAAAAUUCUUUCAUUGAAAACAAAAUCUGUAUUAAAGUAAAAGCUAAAAUUUAAUCUAGAACUUUAAUAUAUUUUAAUAGGAACAACAGAUUUGGUGAUGUUAGUUUGGGUUCCCAGGAAAACGCGUUAAUGGAAAAUUUCGCGAUGGAAAAUUGCGCAAACAAAAUAAAAUGCACCAAUGCCAACUAAUUAUACUAAUACACUUUAAUUUCGUUAUAUUUCGUGGCGAAGUGUUUUAUUAUGCUAUAAUGUACUUGUGGGCCAUUCUUUUCUAAUGUCUACAAAUGCUCGAUUUAAGAAAACAAAAAUGCCCUUGCGCACUUUUUUGUGCGAUUUUUUUUUUCCCUUGCGCAUUUUUCUGGCCACCGUUAAGUUUGUUGUGAUACAUCAGUGUCAUUGUAAAUACAUAUAUUUGCAAGGGGGCACAACUUAUUUAUGAAUUGAUUUCAAACUGAUUUAGCUCUCUUUUUCUUUUCACUAUGUACUAAGUAAUAUUGCAAAACAGAUAAGAACUAUUUUUGUAAAAUGUUAGUGUGUCCAUAAUUAUGACAUCAACUGAUGUAUCUGUUCCAUCACUUGUUGUUUUUGCUUGUAUGUAUUGAGUCCUGUUAUGGGUGUUUGCUUUCAGUGCCAUGUCCCUCUUAGAUUCAUUUUGUUCCCAGGUAAUAUGGUUUACAGAUGUGAUAAAAUCUGGCAGAAUUAUUUCUUUCUACUAAAAAUAAGCAAAAAGCUUGGCA